AUGGCAGUCGCUUCGUCGCAGGCUGCCAACGCUGGUCCCCCUGGUGGUGUUGGCAGCGGGCAUACGAUGUCUGCAGCUGAGGAAGGCCCAACGGAAAUGACGCUCAUCUUCUACUCGGUCUUCAUGGCUGCCACCUCCCUCUUCUUUGGUGGUCUGAGCUUGAUGCACGCUCAUCAGGGUGCGACAGCGCAGGGCACCCUCGCUUCCACCUCACUCUUCAGCAUCCCUACAGCUAGCGAGCUCAUGCGUCGGAUAGCACUUGCUUUGGACUCACUUUUGCACGCUCUCUCCACCGCAUCGGAUCUGCUGUUGGCUGUAGACAUUCGCACGCUAUUGUGGACUGCUGCUGGACUGCUUUCGAUCUUGACAAUUGCGUACUGGACAAAUCCUAGCGAUGCCUCAUUUCGCACUUUCCUGGCAGACCUCUCGCUGCAUCAGCACCUUCGUCAGCUUCACGAGGAUGCUCCGCCUGUUGCACCAGUGCUCGCACUCUCGUCAGAGAAGCAGGAUGAUAUAGAGUCAGACUCUGUGAACGAGCUGAGCAUUCGAGCAGCGGAGCAACAGACCUCGCCUCACGUCAUCACCUUUGCCAACCGAAUCUCCAUCUCACUUCGCACGCCGCCCUAUAGGAGGAGGGACCUAGGUCUCUUCGCUGUUGUCUCCGUCACUCACGUUCCGACAGAUGGUCACCGAGGCAGCAGCAAUUUCUCUGCGCGUAGACCAGGCGCGGAUGGCAAGGUGGAUUGCGCGCACUGCGGAACGCGUCAUGUAGCUGGACCCUUGCAGCAAAAGUCAUGGUUCGUUGGCGCAUUUGGUCGAUGGUUCGGUGGCACGUUGAGCUGCGCUCUGGAGUCUCGAUUGGACCAGGCCGACCGGGCCGAAAGGGCAGAUGGCGGUAGUGCAUCAACAGCCUCCAGCGGGCACGCCGGUGACGACUACGGGGUCCUAGGAAUGCUCGCUCGGGACGAGGCCAGAGCGACGCCUGACGAUUCGCCAAUGCGAGACGAGUAUGAGGUUGGCGAGUCCACCUCGCCGUUGAUCGAAAGCGCAGCAGAGAAGCAGACAACCACGCUGGAGGAUGAGCAUUCUGAGAAGCCUGGAGUAUCGACGCGUCCAUCCAAGUCUCGGCGAAAGAAGCACCUUCAGCGACCCCGGCCAAGUCAGCCGCUGCCCACUAAAGAGGCGGUGGUCAGUGAUCUGAAAGCAUCAGUGGAGCCGGACAAACGAUCAGAUCAUGACACAAGAGCCUCUCGAGUAACGCCGACUGCCAACACACCUACAGAUGCGCAGGCUAGCAGCCCCGCGAUCAAAUGCUCCGAGACCUCUGCAAUCAUGAACAAGGUGGGCGCAACUUCACCCGCUUUGCUUGCUCUGGCUCAACAGCUGGCAACCUCGAAUAGUGCAGCGGCAGAGCUUCAGGCAGCCCUUGACCAGAUACACGCCAACUCUGGAACUACUAGAGAGCAGCUGCAAGCACAAUUAGACGAGUUGAGAGAGCGGAAGCGUGAAGAGGAUGGCACGAGAUUGGACCUGAGAGGGAGGAUGCGGGGCCUGGACGACAGUAGGAGACAAGCUGACAACAGCAAGAGAGAUGCAGAGAGGCGGCUCAAAGCAGCUGUAGGACUGCGCGAAGCCAUUGAAAGUCGAAUAGAAGCAAGGCGGAAGGAUGUAGCCGCUUUACACAAGCGAGAGACUGCAAGUGCAAGGCGAGUCUCUGAAAAUCAAAGGCAUCUAGCGGAGAAGGCACUCGAGGUGGAGCAAGAAUCUAGCGAAAAAGCCAAAGCAGAGGAAGAGGCAGUGAGAGACAUCGAGGAGCUUCGUGAGAGACUGUGCCACCUCGAGAAGCGGCUUUCGGAGGAAGAAGCAAAUCUCCAGGCGUGCAAGGAGCAGGCAAUUGCGCAACAUAGAGCCCAUCAGCUGGCUCAUGAGACUCAAUCUGCCUCCAAUGCUACUGCUGCGCAUCAUCCUCCUGUGCCACCGCAUUUGCAACAUCAUCCUCACCACCCUCCGCAGCACGUCGUCCCUCACCACUAUGCUUAUCCCUUUUACGAUCCGUCUAUUCACGGCCCUCUCCCACCUCAAGACGCCCAGUCCAAUAUCUAUCCGCUACUAUCUGCCCCUAGCGACAAUGCGGCCACUGAUCGCCGAGACUCGGAGGACGAGUUUGGCCCUGCGCCUUUUGACUUCGGUUGGAGCAGUGGAAGGACAGAACGAGCGCGAGCAGAGGCAGCAGCAGCAGCAAGCACCUUCUCGCCGCAAUUGAUCGUCCCGGUCGAUCAAGAACACCACCGGGAUGCCGAUGUGUCACAUCGUGGUUCAAGACGCACGAGCGACUUCAUAUCUGGCUUUGAAAAUGCGCACACUGGCCAUCGGUCCGACCUCACGCCCGGUGUUGUGGACUCGAACCUGCUUCACGCGCGAAGAGGCGCCGAAGGCUACAUGUCGCUUUCGGGAGCGAUGAAUGGCAACCCGAUCACGCCGCCUCGCCAAUAUGUCGGAGUGGAUGCGGCAGUGCCAGCAACCCCUUUCACACCAUUGUCCCCUUUCUCGACGGAUCUGCUUCCGCGAAAUCUCUUCCUCAAUGCAGACGACGAUGAGACGCAUGCCGGCAUUCUGCCCGGCUCGCGCUCAGAGCAGGUCGAAGCAGCUUUGGGGCGGUUGGGUCUCGAGUCAGACACAUCUGACGUGGAGGGCAGUCUGGCAUCAGACAAGGACGCUAAGGAGGAGGCCUUGGAGCAUUCGGUGGUCACUGGUCCCGCUGACUUGGCUGAGACAGUCGAGCCUACGCAGACGGAGAGUACAGGCGCUGGGGACACUGCGACUAAAGUGUCCAGGCGCUCGUGGUGGGGCGGCAAGGGCCGGCCAUCGAGUAAGGGUGAGCCUCAAGCAGAAAAGCCGGAACUAGAGGGGUCGGUAUCGCCUCCAACCCCCAUGGUGGAAGUGCCACCGGGCACAAGUGGAGAGAACGUGAAGCGGCGUUCUAGCUCAAUCUUCCCGAGAUUGUCGCUCAAUCCCGGCGCUAAAGCGUUUCGAAGCGGCUCUCGCAACAAGCAUUCGAGUGAUGGGCCUGACAGUGCAUUGAGCAUCAAUAGGCCUGUCAUACGAGGCCCGCUUGAUGCCUGGCCAAUUGCCAAUCAACCGGUCAUUCCUUCAGACUACGACGCUGUUCGACGUGCCUUCGAUACGAGCGCUGCGGCCGACGAGGAACAGGGCCGACGGUCGUGGAGCGCUUUCGACACUUGGGUACAUGCAGCGCACUCGCCAACGCAAGGGCCAUCUCAGGAGUCCGAUCCGCGCAUUGCUGCUCUGCUGAACUCCAGACGUGAUGGCGCUGCGACAGAUAAGCACGAUCAUGGUCUUGGUGGUCGCCACCCCUACUUGCACUCGUCGGGCGCGCUCUCAGGGUUUCGUUCCAGCUCAGACUCCUUGCCGCGAGGAGGUACGCCGGUACGCCCAAGCGGUGACUGGGCCAACCGAAGCACAGAUGACGUGUUCAGCCCCUUGUCACGCACCAUUUCGCACCCGGAGUCCAGCGUCGCUUCUAGCUCACCAGAUGUCCGCACAAGUAGGCUGCGAUCAUUCUUUCGAGGGACACCCAGCGCCGCAAAUGUCGAUUCGACAGUCGAGCAAAGCUCCACGUUGCCCAAGACCGCGAGGGACAGUGCGAGCGAAGCUGGUCUACCCGAGGAAGCGACCUCGGCAGCUUUUGGCAACGGCAGCGCAACGCACUCGAGCUCAACGCCUCCGCCUGGCGCUUCACAUAGCGACGCGGUGAUCUUGAACUCGGACAUUGACCAUGCAAAUCCAUCAGCCAGCUUCUCUUCACCAUCAAAAAAGCGCCAGGCGUUCCGCUGGAGCACCUCGGCGAAGCGAUCCGUCGAAGAGUCGUCUGACGGUCAGUGA